AUGAGCUUUUCUUUUAAUUUCAGCUGAGAUGAGAUGAGCUUGGCUUGUGUCCACGGUCCACGCCUCACCUCGAUGACUAGCUAGCAUAUAUCGAUGAGAAGACACAGACACAAGGAAUGCAAAGAUGCCUGGCUGUGUUUCUCAUCCCUCAUCACCACGGCGGCUACAUCCGCUCCUGCGCCGCAGCAGCAGCAACAACAACAACAAUGAUCUCCUGCUUGCCGGCAUUGUCAUCCUCCUCCUUGCCCGGGCAUCAGCUGGGCCGUGGCAGAAGAGCGCGCACGCCACCAUGACCAUGUAUGGUGGCAGCGACGCGUCGGGCACCAUGGGCGGCGCCUGCGGGUACGGCAACCUCUACAUCGCGGGGUACGGCGUGGCGACGGGGGCGCUCAGCACGCCGCUCUUCAACAACGGACUCACCUGCGGCGCCUGCUUCGAGAUCAAGUGCAGUUGCAGGAGCGGCUGCCAGUGCCAGUGCCACCCCUCCGUGUCGUCGGUGGUGAUCACGGCCACCAACUUCUGCCCGCCCAACUACGGGCUGCCCUCGGACGCCGGCGGGUGGUGCAACCCGCCGCGCCACCACUUCGACCUCUCCAUGCCGGCCUUCCUCCGCAUCGCAGACUACCGCGCCAGCAUCGUGCCCGUCACAUACCGGAGGGUGGCGUGCCGCAAGUCCGGCGGCAUCCGGUUCAGCGUCAACGGCUUCCGCUACUUCAACCUGGUGCUCAUCAGCAACGUGGGUGGCGCCGGCGACGUGGUCCGCGCCGCCGUCAAGGCCUCGCACACGGAGUGGCUGCCCCUGGCGCGCAACUGGGGACAGAACUGGCAGUGCAGCUCCAUCCUCGUGGGCGGGGCGCUCUCCUUCCGCGUCACCACCAGCGACCGCCGCACCCUCACCUCCUGGAACGUCGCCGGACCAGCCUGGCGCUUUGGACAGACAUUCACCGCCGCCAAAAACUUCAGGGACCCCUAGGCUCCUCUGGCUAGCAUAGCAGCCUGCUGCAUCAGCACACUAGCUAGUCAUCCAUGCAUCAUCAUCAUCAUUAUAUAAAUUAGCUUGUUGGUUGGUUCUGCUUUUGUGUUAAUAAUCAAAUGCAAAUCAUAUUUAGAGGAAGGAAAAAGGCUUAGCCAACAUAUCAAAAAUCGAGAGGGGGCAACCAGCU